AUGAUCACAUUAUUCCAACUCCAGAUAAUAAAUGUCAAUGCAAAAGAAGAUGAUGGAUUAACUCCCCUUCAUUAUGCAAUUAAGUUUUGUGGCCUUGAUGUUGUUCGACUUCUUAUUUCACUUGGUGCACAGAUAAAUGCAAUAGAUCAAUGGGGAUAUAUUCCUCUCACAUGGGCAGUUUUUAAUGGCAAAAAAGAUAGUUGA